AUGGCAAUGCACGAUGGACAGCCGUCCUCGCCAACCGAGCCUGACGUAACUGCCAUUGAGGCAAAUGGGUCGUUAUUUUGGGACGUCAGUGAAGUGCCAGCAGAGAGUGAAGUCGACUUCCAAAGGUUCACCAAUCGCAAGGUUAGCGAUACUUUCAGUCCAAACGAAAGCCAAAUCAGCACCUGGGUAGAUGCACCGAACCAGGACAGUCAUGCUUCCUUUGGAGAUAAUGGGGUUACUGCUACGGUCAAUGCAUGUGGAGAUCUCAUGCAAUUCAGCAGUUACCUAGACGCCGGUAAUUCAGGAAUCUUUUGCGCAGACCACAGGACAACAAAUGAGCCCUACUCCGUCCAAGAAAGAGCUGAUGAUCUCUUGUUCUUAUCACGGGACAAAUCCAGACAGAGAUGCACCUACGGACUGCGGAUUUCCGGUGUUAGUAUGAAGAACUGUCGCCAUUUGGGCUACGUCCAUGAUAGAUGGCCCCGAUACGAAGUCAAAGACAAGAACCUCAAGCUUACCAUACAAUGGAUGGUUCACGAGAAGGUCGUUCUGCAGCAGUGUGUUAUCACUAAUACUGGGGAAACUGAUGUGGAUGUUUCAAUGGAGUUUUGGAAAGAAUUGCACAUUCGGGAUAUGGACUACCUGAAUCCUAUGCACAGAUUCAAUGACGACUGGAGCGGACAUGUCCCAGUUCAAGGCCCACACACCUAUGGAUGGAUUUUAGCCCAUCCUCUGAAGCAAAAAGGAUCAACAGAAGACAAGCGGCCGGCCAAAGAUCAAUCUCCAAUGCAGCUUCUGCGCCAGACCUCUCGGAAACCUACGAACGCCACCAUUGACAGUAGCAAAGGAGGCAUGAUGGGAUACUCGAAGGACUUCAAGGUCUCAAAUGCAGAAACCGACGUCAACCAAGACACAGUUGCAGUUGUUAUGUCGAUGUUCGUGGAUGGCAAAGCAAUUAGCUUUGAGUCCCUUAAUCACAAGCGCCCAGAGAAGGUCACUCAAAAUAUUAAACACGGGAGCGCGAUUGAGGUAGUGAGCGCCUACAAAAUGAUUCAAUGGACUGACUCUGAGGCUGAAUGGAGAGAGUUCAUGGUCCCGGCAAGUGUGACAGAUGUCAGCAAGCAUCUUGCACACGCAUCGAAAUUCUUUACGGCGUUCUCCCCUUGCAAUCAUGAUUUCAAAGGCAAUAUUCAUGGAGAUAGCAAGGACAGCGCUGUCGAACAGGAAACUAGAGAAUGGGCUCCAUCACUGCCUUGGGGCCCGCCCAAAGGCUCAUUGGAGAAUGAAGACCUGGUGAAGCAGUCGGUCAUUUACAUCGACUUUGUAGCUCGCCGAAAGCUUGAGCAUAUCUUGUCAGUUUGCGCCAUCCCGUUGCGAGAGCCUGGGGUAGAAGGAGGCAUUGUUCCAAUUGCGUUGACUUGUGGGGAUAUGUCAGGCCACCGUGUUUCUUCUCCCGCGAGUUUUUUUGCAUUCAGCUUCCUGCUCGAGAUUUCGGAGCGAUUGAUGGCAACGAAGGGCAAAGACCAAAUGAGUUCGUAUAGUCUGUUGCAGAAGAGGGUCGACUUAGUUUGCCGUGGUCACUUAAUGUGGCUUGACUCAGAAGUUGAGAGGACGGAUUCAAAGUGCUUCUCAGCGAAUUAUUGGGUGAAAGGAAGCAUUAUGCCUCGUAUCGAGGAAAGCGAGUCUUUCAUGCCAAAUGACUCCCUGACGGACACGCCGUUUCAAAUAAUCAAGGUUUUCGAUUUUGCCAAUCGAUACCAGAGCGAAGAGGAUUCUGAACUAGCGCGUAGCAUCAUCGAGGAAGUGGCGAAGCCCUGGAUCGUGGCCCUUGACAGAGCCGACAUGCGUGGUUCCCGUGCAUGGCCACACUCGCAAGACGAAGGGUGUAAUAAAUACAGGCUCAGUGAGCACGUAUGGGUUUGGAGGGCGUUGAAGCUGAUCGAGGACGACCUUCGAGAGACUUCAGCAGAGAAAAUAUCACACGAUGAUGAGAAGGAACGUAGGGCUCUAAACACGAGCCUCACGUCUCGCACGGAGAUUGAACUUGAUCAGCUCUUGGCAGAUGAGAAGCUGCUCAGACGAUUCAAUUCUCGUGAUGUUCAACGGGAUAUUCUUCGGCGAUUCACGGCUGAAAACGAAAUGUCCAAGAAGCGCAUGCUGGCAAUGACUCGAUCUCCGAGAGAGACGCGAUUUCUCUUCCAUGCCAGCGAUACGGCACUUUUCUACGGCAUCAACAGAGACUUUUUCUUAGAAAGGACUUCGUUCAAUGAAGUCUGGGAGAACACCAUUGAGGCUCAGGUUCAUCACAAUGAGAACUCAGAAACAGGAUGGGACAACUCAAUCCGCUAUGCCCUGGCGAUCAUGCUUGGAACUCGUAACAUGAGCAUAAACAAGCGAUCCCCACAAGAACUGAUUAAGUCGUCACUGAAAGUCCUCUUUGGGUCUACGAGUCCGAACGGAUUAUUCUACGGGCUAUUGGAUAGCACAACAAAAGAAUCAACACUAUUCGGUAGAGAAAACGACCGGGACUUCUACUUUCACGCCAGCUUCGAAAUACCAUUCAUCCUUCUUACUCAUUGCUGGAAGAUUUACGCGGAAGUUAAAGGAUCUGAGAAACCGCCUGAACCUUCUUCCGUCCUGCAACCAAAGGCGCUUGCCACUCAUGAUCUCUUGGAAGAAGUCGCAGACUUGAACUUGAUGCAGCCAAAGAGGCAGCCUGCACAGACAGAUCGAAACACCAGACUGCCUAUGCUAUCAGCUCCCAGCCCCGAUGUAGCAGAGGCCCAGCUCAGCUCGACAGCGCCUCAGAAAGGUGUCAAGGUCAAAGCAUCCAAAGCAAUUUCUAUGAAGAAAAGCAUCCCUUUCAACAGUCUCAUUGAUCAAAGCAGCAUUGUUGACCUGGAUGAAGAGUGGCUUUACAACUACCCCACAUUCUUUGUCACAGAGAUGCAGACCCCCGCUCAGUUCAAUGCAGAGGCAGAGAAGCUCCUAGAGCAUAUCGAGAUGGAUACAUCUGGAGCUCUCAUAACUAGAGCGGCCGAUGAGUACACUAUGUUGUUGCGGACGGCGUCACGACGCAAUCGGGAUGAUCCACCAGAGAGAAGUUCAGAGGACCCCUUAGAACUUCUGAGUAGAAGUUGGACAGAUAUACCACGCCCACAUCCGAUAAAUGCUCUCGAGGAUGACUCGAAUAACAUGGCAUUUGUCGCAGAUGUCUUGCGGCAAAAGAAUCUCCAAAAGCACGAGCGGGAAAACAACAUCACCUUCCGCGGGGUCAAUAGUAACUACAAGCUCUGGUAUCUGUUGUCUCUACCUCGGACAGCUUCCAAGGCCAAGAAACGAUUCAUUUGGCUUCCAGCAGCGAACGAUGAGACGGCCCUUGUUUGUUACAUCACGAGCAGUGCACCGGAAGAGAAACAAGCCAUCUCUCUUUUCUUCGAACGCCAUCAUCAGUAUGAGAAGCAUUUCCUUGAUGAAACUUCAAUGGUUCUCAACACUUGGGAGAGUGAACUUCACCUCAGUUUCUACAAGCUUGUGGAGGAGAAUUACAAGUCUAUCGUUGGUAUUCCAAAAGAAAUCAUCGAUGAAUUUCCCGCGAGCGUCCCAAAGAGACUUGUGAGAGCUUCUGUAGGGUUUCGAUUUAUCGGUGACUUCUUUGACAGACACUGGACAUGUCAUCUGAUCGAGUAUAUUCCUGGCGGCAAGCCCAUUCCGACUUACUGGGCCAGGGAAAAGAAUGAAAGAGAGUUUCCAUGGGGUGACCAAGGGCAUCUCGUGCAGGAUAACAAUGCUUGGAGGCAGAGAAAGGUCCUGGAGCUGCAUCUUUUUGACCGGAUUCUGGAAGAGCUUGUCGACAGCACCAAGAUGAUCUUCAACACUAUAAAGGAGGAGCUUGGAGUCGAGCAUGGCGCAAUUCCGUUCUCUGUUCUCAACAGCGAAGACUAUUUCUCAUCCAGCGAGCAAUGGCAAAGAUUUCAACAAAUUCUCCAGGUUUUGGAUGAAGAUUUAUCAGACAUGCGGGUCACCAUAUCCAAAUGGGAGACACGCGAAAAAGACCGAGGCCAAGAGAGGCCACGCUGGACACGCACGGAUGAGAGAAAAUAUCGACGGUAUAUUGGAAAGCUUGAAGGAACCACACGCCGUCGAACCCGGGAUCUGCAUCGCCUACAUGUUCAGAUUCAGUCACUGAAGGAGACGUUGAGAAGGGGUCAGCAGCAAAUUCGCGACGAUUUAAACCUUCGUGGCUCUGAGAACAUCCGAUUUUUCACCUACGUCACAGUCGUAUUUCUGCCGCUUGGCUUCGCAUCCAGUAUAUUUGGGAUGAGCGAAGAGCCACCCAGCAGUGUCAUACCUCCAAUGAUUAUCUGUUCCGUUGUGGCGCUGCUCGUCACUGUUGUUGCGUUGGCCAACGCUAAGCGACUAAAUUCGGUUGUCGAAGUGGUUUCAGAAAGUAUAAACCGUUACUCUUUGUCGAAAAUGGAGGGGAGCCCUUUACUCAAUCGCCAUCGACGAAAGUUGGUGAAGACGCAGAACUUGACAAGGCAGGCCGAAGAGGCCGGGUCCGAGACUUCUGAGGGCCAUUCUAAGGGCACUAAUAUGCAAGCAAGCCGUGGAAUCCGGUCUCACGAAGACGAGCAAUCUUGGCAUUUUUGGUUCUGGGUAGGGUAUCUUUUCGUUGAACUGCCAGCGCGGAGAGUCUUGACGGCAUACUACGACCUGAAGCAUCCAAAGUUCAUCAAUUGGGGCAUGUACUUUCGUUUGGUUAUGGGCAUACUUCUUCUGCCAAUCUUCCUCGUCUCUUUCUUUUUUCAAUUGGUGUUGGUCAAUACUUUCGAUGUGGCACGGAGUAUCCUGAGGGGGUUGAAGAGGCUUCUUGAGUCUAGUCUAAAGGAAAACGACGAGAACGCAAAGUUCGUAGACAGCCACAUGGGCAGGCUUGCCUAUCCCAUGAAACGUUACCGACCGUACAGAAGAACCAAGGGCGACACAACUGAGGAGCCGACGGACCCAAAGGACACGCAACAAAGUUCGUACGGAGAUGUGACAUCACACUACAGCGGGAAAUAG